UGGUCUCUGGGACAAAGUGACAGAUCGGUCUAUGGUCAACUUGUAUAAUUUUGGUUAACACAUUGUAUUUUUAUUCACUAAAAUACAUAUGUACUUACUAGGGUUUAUUUAUGUUAAAUAGGUACAAUUAUUGUUAAAAGCUGAAAGUAAUUAGUUUUUUUUUACAUUUAGGAGAAAUAAUAUUGCUAUAUCCCUUGAAAUGUAUUAACAAGAAAGUGCUAAUAUAAUCAAACCAUAUGCAAAAUGAAUUCACAUGGUGCUCCAGUUGCAAAGAGGCGGCGAACUCAGUCGGAAGUUGAUGAAGGCAUAGUGCUGACAAAAGGAGAUACUAAAUUGAAUUCAUCCAAUAAAAAGAAAGGAAAACAAGUAAAAAAUAUCAGAAAACAUAUUCCUAAAUUUCGUUUGAAAACAACAGGUGAAUCUGCUUGUUUAACUACAGGUGUUAAUGAGCGAAUACCUUUAGUACUGACAGAUGUACAACAUUUACUAUUGCACUCACUAUUAGGGAGUCUCAACUUAUCACAAGUACCCCGUUGGUAUGUGUUGGAAAAAUGUGGCCACAUAUCUCAAACAACAUGCCUCAUUUUAGAAGGCCUCUCUAUAAACAACUUAGAAAAUAACUUGGAUAAGUUAAUAUAUUUAAAGAAUUCAUGUAAUCACAGUGUAGAAAUUUUGACUCCUUCAGUCUACAAAGGAUCCUUGGUACAAGAACUUGCACAGGUUCCUUUAUCUGAUGCAGAAAAGGAAAGUUUAAUACAGAAGUAUGGAAGUAUGAAUCUAGCAUUGGAAGUUAGAAAAGAUUUGAUGGUGAUGAUGCGAGCUGUGUUUCCCAUUGAGGAUAGUAUUUCACACAGUUUAGAUGAAGAAACAGAUACCCAAGACAUUCAAGACAAGUUUCCUAGAACUCAGCUUAUAUUAUCUGCGUGGCAAUUAAUUGAUGAAAACUAUCCUGUGCCACUAAAAGGCAAAUUAAAAAAUGCAUAUUCAGAUUACAUAAUGACCAAAGAUAAGUACAUGCCUGUAACAGCAAAUUCUCCUCUGUUUGGAUUAGAUUGUGAAAUGUGUAUGACAGAUGCUGGUUUAGAAUUGACUCGUGUUUCUCUUGUCAAUGAAAAGCAUGAAAGUGUGUAUGAGGCCUUAGUCAAACCGUAUAAUGAUAUUACUAAUUAUUUGACAAGAUAUUCUGGCAUUACCAAGACAUUGUUAAAUGAUGUCUCAAAAAGGCUAGAGGAUGUACAAAGAGAUAUAAGGGACCUAUUACCUGCAGAUGCAAUAUUAGUUGGCCAAUCACUAAACUCUGAUUUACAUGCUCUAAAAAUGAUGCAUCCAUACAUUAUAGACACUAGUCUAGUAUACAAUUUUACAGGAGAAAGAACUCGUAAACCAAAAUUAAAAACAUUGGCAAAAGAGUUUUUAAAUGAAGACAUUCAAAGUGGAAGUGGUGGACAUUGUUCUGUUGAGGAUUCUAUAGCAUCUUUAAAAUUGGUACAACUGAAGCUCAGCAAGAAUCUAGAGUUUGGGGAUGCAGUACAUACAAAUAGACAGAAAUACAAAGAGAAUGUGGUAAAAAUGAUACAGUCUCCACAGUAUACAAUGUCUAUAUUCAACCGAAUGAUGGAACAAAAAAAGUCUUCCAUAAUUGUAGGAUGUGAUGAUAUCACUGGUGACUAUCAUGCAUUUUUAUCAAGUGCAAAAGAAAAUGCAGCAUCACAGUUCAAGAAGGCAAAUCCUAAGAAAAUAAAGUUAUCUACUGUUGACUCAAUAGAUGAAGUUAUUUCUACCUUAUGCAAGUCUACAAAUGAAUGUAAUUUUUCUAUGGCUCAUUUAAAGCUAGAUGUUCGAGAUGAGAAUGAAUUGGAGCAGAUAACUAAAGUUGAUAAAUGGAUGGAAACAAUUUGGAACAGCCUAGAGCAAUCAGCUCUUUUUGUUGUAAUAUUUGGUGGUACAACUAAUAAUAAUGGUGUUGCUAUAAUAAAAAUUAAAACUUAAAAAUACA